CAAGCUUCUCAUUCAACCUCCAAAACUACAAUUGGUUAUUAGUUUGGUGGGACCGGUGAAUUCUAUAAGUUAUUGCUUUAAGAUGAUGAUCGGGAUUCGCAGCGGGUUUGCUUAUUAUUUCUCCGUCAACGUGCAGCCGGAAUUCGUAUGCGUCGUUGGCAAGGCUAAAGGUUCCGAUUCAUUUAUUGCUCGUUGAUGGAUUUUUCUGCUUUAACGGUUCGAUUUUUCUGGUUUGCAUGUCCGAGACUCUGAGCUACGAAUUUCUUUCGACUAUUUAGAAUAUGUUGUUUGAAAGGGAGUUCUGAUUGUUGGUAAACAUUGAAUUUAUCUGUUGAACAUGUUAAUUCUCGCUUCUGUUCAGAUUCUAUUGUCCAAUCGAUGAUCCAUUCCCUACUAAUAUGGAAUAUAUUUCAUUCAUAGCAAUAACCAAGUACAAUACGGACUGUAUAAUUUCAAUAUGAGUUUGUAAUAUGGUAAUUGUUUGUGAGAAUUGAAGGGUAAAAACUAAAAGUUGUUGACAUGACUGGAACCCAAGGAGACGAUUUUGUAUUGCCAAACCAUAUUAUUCAUUUGGAGGAUGAACCAGACCAUCUUAUUGUCCUCGUUCAUGGCAUCUUGGCUAGCACUAGUGACUGGACAUAUGCGCAAGCAGAAUUGAAGAGACAUUUGGGCAGAAAGUUUUUGAUAUAUGGUAUUUUUUAAUCAUCAUCAUAUUAUUAUGAGAUACUUAAUCCCAACUUGUUGGGUUAAGAGGGAUUAAGGCACACUGUCAAUUAAAUGGUACACUACAAACAGAAUACAUUGAAUCUCAUAAUAUCAUAUUUCUGAUCACAUGUGCUUGUUAUUCCCUUUUAAAGUUUUGGCAGUAAUUCUUUAGACUAUUGUAUAUUGUAAUUGAGAGUUCUUCAUAUAGAUAUAGUAUUGAGUUCUUUUGUUCACAGCAAGUUCAUGCAAUGCUUAUAUAAAAACAUUUGCUGGGAUUGAUGGAGCUGGUAAACGCCUUGCAGACGAAGUAAUGCAAGUUGUGAAAAGUAGAGAGAGCCUAAAAAAGAUUUCUUUUAUAGCCCAUUCACUUGGUGGGUUGAUUGCAAGAUAUGCAGUUGCUGUUCUUUUUACGCCAAACAUAUCAGGCACUGCAAAUAGAAAGCUGGUAUGCUCUUCAAAACAAGAGUUCAUUGCUGGUCUAGAACCAAUAAAUUUCAUCACUUUGGCUACACCACAUCUUGGUGUAAGAGGCAACAGACAGGUGUGUCCCCACCACUCCCACUCCCACCCCCACACCCACAAAAGGUUAAUUUGUUUGAAUCUGGUUUCUUGUAAAGCCACAAUGUAUAGGGUUUUUUGGAACAUGGAAAUUAGUAGGGGAAGAAAAUGUGAAGGAAGAUAGACAAGAAAAUUGGAAGGAAAGAAAAUUAGAGAGAAAAUAAAAGAUAGGGUCAAACUGAAUAAAUUUUAGGAAAAAUUGAUUAUAAUAAUCCCAAUUAUUGGCGGUCCGCUUAUAAUAAUCCCAACUAUCGAUUAUUUCAGAAUAAUCCCAACUUUAGGGACCUUCCGCCAAUAACAGUCGCUGUAAAUAAGUUUAUGUACUUUCUAAAGUGGAUGAGAAGAGAUAUAGCAAGUAAUCCCUAUAAAUUAUCCCUAACUUUUAAUUUUUAAGCUUAAUUUCUAUUUAAAAUUCACUUUUAUAGAAGGUAAUAUUUGGUCAUGGACCAUUAUUGGUGGACGGUCCAUAUAGUUGGGAUUAUACAAAAAUAAUCAAUAGUUGGGAUUAUUGUUAGCGGACCGGCAAUAGUUGGGAUUAUUAUUUUCAAUUUUUCCUAAAUUUUAUUUUAUACGUAGUACUUCAUAUUUUUUAAGCUCAUGUUGACUUUUUUUCCUAUUACUCCAUAUAUAAAGACUAAAUAAAAUCUAAAUGUUUGCAAUUUUUUUUUAAAAAUCUAUCUCAUAUGCUUUGGCAGUUUCCAUAGUAAAACCAAACAUAAGAACAUAACUUAGCAAUUUAUAUGUGUCCCUAGCCUUAUCCUGGAUCCAAACAUAUACAUGAAAUUUUUAGGUUAGUAUUGCAUCAGUGAUAUACAUAACAAGGAGUGCGUUGCUGAUGUGCAGAAAAAUCGUUUUGUUUUGUGGUUUAGCUUCCAUUUCUCUUGGGACUUCCCAUCUUAGAAAAACUUGCUGCACCAAUGGCUCCUUUUCUUAUUGGGAGAACUGGUAGGCAACUCUUCCUCACUGAUGGAAAACCAAAUAUACCACCUCUUCUUUUACGAAUGGCUUCAGAUUGUGAAGAUAGAAAGUUUAUGUAAGAGAUUUGUCAACAAAUGCCUAUACAGUAUGUUUAUACUUAUAAGUAUAUGUGACAUAGAUUUUAAUAUUCUAUUAAUAUUAUCUGGCGUUUCUUGCAAGAUCUGCACUUGGUGCUUUCAAAUACCGUGCUGUUUAUGCAAAUGUUUCUUAUGACCGUAUCCCACUCUCCACUUCUCCUUCAAACAUGAGAUCAUCACACUUGGCAAAUCUUGGUGUAUGCUAAUAUUUUUCUUACUAUGUUCAAUUUAGUUUGAGUUUCUUUGACAUAGCCUAGAUAUGGUCGGUUGGCGUACAUCCUCUAUAAGAAGGAAGACAGAGCUUGCCAAGCCCACUACACGAUCUUUGGACGGCUACAAACAUGUUGUAAAUGUUGAAUACUGUCCCCCAAUUUUGUCGACUAUUCCUCAUUUCCCUCCUGAAGCAGCCAAUGCAAAGGAGGCUGCCCAAAAGAAACCCAACAUGGAUAAUAGUACAUUAGAAUACCAUGAAAUCAUAGAAGGGGAAAUGACAAGUGGAUUGCAACAGUUAGGAUGGAGGAAAGUAGAUGUUAGUUUCCACUCAGCAUUCUGGCCCUUCUUUGCUCAUAAUAACAUACAUGUUAAGAAUGAAUGGUUCCAUAAUGCUGGAGCUGGAGUGAUUUGUCACGUCGUGGACAGCAUAAAGCAACAAGAGAAGCUGCGUGGAUCGAGAUCUAACACAUUCAUUGCUGCUAGCUUGUGAUUUUUAUCUUUUAUUGAUCUAUCCUAAUCCCAUCUCCGCUUGGAGAAUCCUGUGCUGCUGUAAAGACUACAAUGAUCAUGAAAUUUCCCUCUUUACUCAAGAGAGUGAAAUUUUUUAAAUGUGUUAAAGAUGGUUAAACGGUAUAUGUAAUGUAAAAUUUUGUGCUGCCUUAUGUUAACACUCGAAAUGCUUUGCAUGGCUUGUACUUCUGAUUCCAAUUAAAAAACAAUCAC